AUGGCAAAAGUGAUGUUCGUCUGCUGCUCGCCGGACGUCUUCAGGAGGUUGAUGGUUGAGUUCCGGCGGACGGACCUUCCCCACGAGCAGUACGUCUUCUUCUACAUCGACGUGUUCGGAGAAAGUCUCAACUCCAAACACGGACAGCCGUGGGCCCGCGGGGACAGGGACGACGCCGUCGCCAGGGACGCCUUCCAGAGUGUGAAGAUCCUGACGUACCGAGAGCCUCAGAACCCGGAGUACAGAGAGUUCGUCAAAAACCUGAAGACCGACGCCAGGAAAAUGUUCAACUACACCAUCGAGGACUCACUGAUGAACAUCAUAGCCGGGGGCUUCUACGACGGUCUGAUGCUCUACACCCACGCCCUGAACGAGACCAUGUCCGCGUCGGCCGGCCGGCCUCUGGGCAAAGACGUCACCAAGAGGAUGUGGAACCGAACCUUCCACGUUAACGGGCUAAUUCCACGCGAGUGUAACUCAUUGUUGGCAAUGAACGCCGUUGGGAUCCUGAUCCUGAACGGCGGAUGUAAGAUCGUGCGCAGUCUGCUUCACAUCCCCGAGGCUGGUAAAGAGGCAUCACAACAGAUGAUUUGGCUUCUGGUGGAAGAGCAGAUGUUUCCCCUCCUCCGCCUGUCUUCAGGGUCCCGGAGAGGAAGACGGAGACAAAAUGACAGCGCUCGGCCUCCGAGACCCGUUGGGCUCGGUUCCUCUGGCUUCCCUGGAAGCUCAUUUCCGGAGGAGAUGUCAGAGGGAUUGUUUCCGCUCCAUCCUGACGCGAUGCCUCGUGCAGCGGCCCAUUAA